AUGGCUUCUGACGGAUUCCGGCCACUGGACGAGAAGUUAUUGGUGGAGUACGUGAAGGCAACUCCAGUAUUGGCUGAUAAGCUGGGCAACCAGUUUGAUAAGCUGGAAAUUGAAGAAGUGGGCGAUGGAAAUCUCAAUUUUGUGUAUAUCGUUAUUAGCCCCUCUGGCUCCUGCGUUAUCAAACAGGCUCUUCCUUAUAUUCGUUGUAUAGGGGAGUCGUGGCCAAUGGCAAAGGAACGUGCCUAUUUUGAAGCAAUAACACUAAAAGAGCAUGGUGGCUUGUGUCCUGACCAUGUUCCUGAGGUUUACCAUUUCGACAACUCGAUGUGUUUAAUUGAGCACAUAUCAGACUAUAUGGCUAAAACUCUAUUCUACACAUCCCUUCUGUAUCUUACGACAACAGAUCAUAAAAGUGCAGUUGCUAAAUAUUGUGGAAAUGUGGAGAUGUGCAGACUCACUGAGCAGGUUGUCUUUUCUGACCCUUACAAAGUUUCUGAACAUAACCAUUGGACAUCUCCUUAUCUUGAUUCUGAUGCCGAAGCAGUUCGGGAGGAUAACCUUUUGAAACUUGAAAUUGCUGAGCUGAAAUCCAAAUUCUGUGAAAGAGCCCAAGCUCUUAUACAUGGUGAUCUCCAUACAGGUUCUGUCAUGGUAACUGGAGAUUCAACUCAAGUUAUUGAUCCAGAAUUUGGUUUUUAUGGGCCAAUGGGAUUUGAUAUUGGAGCUUUUGUUGGGAAUUUGAUUUUAGCUUACUUUGCACAAGAUGGACAUGCUGUUGAUGGGAAUGAUCGAAAGCCAUAUAAAGUUUGGAUUUUGAAGACUAUAACAGAGACUUGGAACCUCUUCUAUAAAAAGUUUACUGCUCUUUGGGAUGAACACAAGGAUGGUCCUGGAGAGGCAUAUCUUCCAGCAAUUUAUAAUAAUCCAGACGUACAGUUGCUGGUAAAACAGAAAUACAUGAAAGAACUUUUCCAUGAUACUCUUGGAUUUGGUGCCGCCAAAAUGAUAAGGAGAAUUGUUGGGGUAGCUCAUGUUGCAGAUUUUGAAUCCAUCAAAGAGGCUAAAAAACGAGCUGUGUGUGAACGAAAAGCUCUUAACUUCGCCAAGAAUCUUCUGAAGGAAAGAAGAGAUUUCCAAAGCAUUAGUGAAGUUGUUUCUGCAAUGGAGCAACUCGAUUCACAAUAA